CGUCGAGUCCACGCGCUGUUGUUGUGAUUGACAGACGGAGUCAUGUUGAACUUUCGUUUCUGCCUCUCUUCGUCCCAAACAUGCUCCAAGUGACCGAGGGACGAUGUCCGAGGCCCCGAUGAUGGACAUGGAGAGUCUGUGUAUCGGCCCGGAGAAGCCCGGGGAGCGUCCAGAGUCAGGCGGGGCCCGGAGCUUCCUGCUGGUGGACGAACAAGAAAACCUGCAGGUCCGAGAUGAGUCAGAAUUUUUGGACAGGCUUGGGUGUGGGGAUGUUGCGGGCGUCAAGGUCCUCUCCAUCUUUGGCAACACCGGCGACGGCAAGUCCCAUACCCUCAACCAUAUUCUGUUCGGUGGUAACAGCGUGUUUUACACCUCAAAGUCCCCAAGCACCUGUACGGUGGGAGUGUGGGCUGCCUAUAACCCCACCCUCAACCUGGUCGCCCUGGACACUGAAGGCCUGUUAGGCGCUGCAGCCAACCAGAACCAGAGGAUGAGGCUGCUGCUGAAGGUGCUGGCAGUGUCUGAUAUUGUAGUCUAUCGCACACGAGCUGAACGCCUCCACAACGACAUGUUCCAUUUCCUGAGCAGUGCCUCUGGAGCCUACCUGAAGCAUUUCACCCCAGAGCUCAGGGCCCUGUCCAGCCGCUGUGGUCUGGAUGUACCCCUCUCUUCUCUUGGACCUGCUGUCAUUAUCUUCCAAGAGACAACGCACACUCAGCUGCUGGGUCAUGACUCCAAGGUGGCUGGCCACGCCGACACGCUGCUCAAGAAGCGUUUUCAUGACCUGGCUUUGGGGACACAAGCCUUCAGCUCGGUGCAGUAUGUAGGCACCCAGACCAUCACGCCUCCCACGAACUACAACACUCUGCUGGAGGCCGUCACGCAGCAAGUGAAGAACACUCACACCCGCUCCCCCCGCCAGCCGGGGAUAGUGUUUCACGCGCUGGAAGCCCUGAGUGAUCGUUUCUGUGGGGAACUCUCUGACGAAAAGAUGACCCUGCACUCAUUCUUCCCAGAUGAGUACUUCACCUGCUCUGCUGUUUGUCUCAGCUGCACCGUUCGCUGUAAAAAUGGAAUGAACCAUCUGAGAGACAGGGUCCCUCACAUGGCAGAUGGGCUCUGCCAGUAUGCACACCAGUUCAACAACAAGGUCCUCAUCUGUAAACGGUGCUAUGAAGGAGGCAGAGAGGUGAUUGUUAUGCCCAAAACAUCAGCUUCCACUGACAACCCAUGGUUUGGACUGGCGAAGUAUGCCUGGUCAGGUUUUGUGUUGGAGUGUGCUAGCUGUGGUGUCAUCUACCGCAGCAGACAGUACUGGGUGGGAAACCAGGACCCUGAGAGCGGUGUGGUGCGAUCUGAGGUCAAGCACGUCUGGGAGGGGUCGGACACAUUCAUGACCAACCACCAGAACGCUGCUCAGAGGGUCCUGGACGGGAUGAACUACAUGAUUCAGUCGGUGUCCGAGUACAGCACUGGCCCCACCAAAGCUGUCACUGCCUGGCUCACUGACCAGGUGGCUCCUCCCUACUGGAGACCCAACACAGACAUAACAGCCUGUCAUGGCUGUCAGAAGGUGUUUGAGGAGCCAGAGAGGAAGCACCACUGUCGAUCCUGUGGAGAGGGUUUCUGCCACCCCUGCUCCAGCCAUAGGAUGCCGGUGCCGGAGAGGGGUUGGGGUAAUGGCCCUGUCAGGGUGUGUAAGGCCUGCCACCGCCAGGGAGGGCCGGCUGACACUGUCAACACUCAGGUGUCCAAGGUGGAGCCUCGAGGUCUGAUCGCUCGCAGGGUGACAGAAGUGGCUCAGUCCACACUGGACAUGGUGACCACGGCGGUCGACUACCCUCUUUGUUUUGUGAAAGACGUGGCCCGACCAGACUACUGGGUUCCAGACCAGGAGAUCACCCAGUGUCACCAGUGCUCCAAAGCCUUCACUCCGAUCAUGUCCAAGCACCACUGCAGGGCAUGCGGACAAGGCGUGUGCGGACCUUGCUCCACACACACCAGGGCCGUGCCUUCCCGAGGCUGGGAUCACCCAGUCAGAGUGUGUGACAGCUGCCACGCACGCACAGACACUCUGUAAUCCUUACAACCAUCAGAACUUCUCUAGAAGUGCACCCAGUCUUCCUCUGAUGAGAAACAAACACUGUGAAUCCUGGCACUGCUGCUCUGAGGAAACAACGGGGAUCGACUCAGCACAAUGAAACGACAACAGUUGGAAUCGACCUUGUUUUUGUGAAAAGACGAUCACUUGGAUUCCAGAUCUGCUUACCAGUUCAUCUGCCUUCUUUGAUUCUGCAUCGGUUAAUAGACACCGAUAAUCUUCACUACAGUCAGACUUGUUUUAAGACUGGUUGGAUUAAUGGAAAUCUGUUUUUAACUAGUAGUCAUUUUAAGAAUGGAGACGUACAGCUCCCUUGAGUUCUUAUUAUAUCAGUAAAACCUAAACUGCACUCAAGUGUCGUCUUCCUUGUUCAUUCAUUUGAGUUUGCACAGCUCUGCAGCCGACUGCCUGCUCUUACUGCGAACACUUUGUUUUCUAAAAAUGACAGAACAAGUAAAAAGAGAUGUGCAGGGAAUGGUGCGAAAGUUCAGGGUUUAAAUAUUUUUCAUUUCUGUCUUUCUCUGCUCAGUGCAGAAAGAUGCAACGUGUACAAACUAAAGCUACAGCAAUGUGUGCCUUCAUGGGAAUUUUGAUUUCCAUUUCUGAAGCUCCUAACAUUUUUUUGGGGGGAAUUUUGAAAUCAUGUGCAAGGACUGAGAUUAUUUGUGCCUAAUCACAGAGCAAUGUCUUUUAUUGCCUUGCUUCUCUCACUUUUACAGUUGUAUGUACAAUAUUGUGAAAUAGCAAAAUAAUAUCUGUAGCAUAACACAUUAUACACCUUAUACAUUCCAAUAUAUGGAAAGACCUGUGUAUUGAUAUAGAUUUACCUGAGGUUGUUCAAAUUAGUGGACACUUCCUCAAGCCACUGAUGCUUCAGAAGGAUAAUUUCCUAACAUGAAAACACAACUGGAAAAUUUAGUUAUUCUGAUUUUGUAAAGACAUUUGUUAUAUCACUUUCAAUGUAAAGUAAAAAUGAUACACACAUUGUUUGUCUGUGUAACGUACUUUCUACACUCUGUAGAAAUAACUAAUUCAAGUUUCAAGAUGUUUUCCAGUGAAACUCAGCACUUGACAAUCGUAAUAAUGUUUUUCUUUGAUAAAUCAGACUCAUCCAAAUAAAGAAAACAAAAGGA